AUGGCCAACUUGACAGCCAAUGAGUCAACUUCAAUACGACCUUCGACACGAUCUGGAUCUCCACCGCUCCACCAAUUGGACACUGCGACACCAAGCGAUCAUGUUUCAUGCGAUGAGGCGACACCUGUUCCACGAUCUGAUAACGUUACAACCACUAGUGAAGGGCUGCAGCAGCAAUUCGGGAUCUUUAAUGAUCAUUCCAGCCUCUUCGAGCAAGUGAGCCGCAUCGAUUGUCAAUUUGAUCAAUUAUCUAUCGUGGGUGACAAUCCUAUCCUCGAUGACCAGGAUAUACAACAUCAACAUACGAGAACGAAUCGAUCUGCAAAAAGAGAAGGCGUAUCCACAAGCUCGACGACAUUGAAAGAACAGGAAAAGACGAUCGAUAUCCUGAAGAAAGAGAACUUUGGAUUGAAGCUCAAGAUCUACAAUCUCGAGAAACGGCUGGAUGAGUUAUCACCGGACCAUAUGGAUGAUGCAUUGAAAGAGAACGUUGAUCUCAAGGUCCAUAUCUCCAUUCUGACGCAAGAAUUGAAAAAGUACAAGAAGAUGCUUCUCGAUCUCAAUCAUGCAAUGGAUAUCUUGCAACAACAGCUUGACACCACCACGGCAGCUGCUACACCAUCAUGUGAUUUACAACACGGGAUGUCUGCCGAGGAGAAAGCCGACUAUGAUGCAAUCGUUGCCAAAUGCCAUCGACAAGAACAAGAGAAUCAGCGCUUACACAGAAUGCUCAGUGAAUUAUCAUCAGAGAAUGCGAGAUUACGGGCAUCACGUGGAGGAUCUAUGGGUGGCUAUGGGGGUCUCAGUGGCAAACUAGGAAGGAGUAGCAGCUACAACAAUAUCAACAACGUUUCUGACACCGAGAUGGAUGUUUGGUCUACUCAUCAUCGACGUCGUCGUUUGACAUCUGGCGCUGAAUCCUGCUCCUCUUCCUCUUCCUCAAGGUACAACACCACCACUGCUACGACCACUUUAAAAGAUGCAUCCUUCCAACAUGAAAGACAGGCCAUAUCAUACAAAGAGUUACGACAGACCUUGAAUCAAGUACAAGAAAGGAAUGCAGAGAUGGCGUCGCAGCUUGUUUCGAAGAACAAAGAAUUGGAUCAGAUGUAUCGGGAUUUGGAUGUCAUGUCAACAUCAUUGCACGAAACAAGACAGCAGCUACGUGAUAAAACGAAUGAAUGCCAAGCCUUGAAACGUGAAUUAGCGAUGAUCGAGGAACGACGAGAGCGGAUACCAACAAAGGAUAUCUCUGAGCUGCUCAAUACAAUCAGCAAUCUACGACGGGAGAAGGAUGAUUUGGAUUUGAUCGUGAGAGAAUUGAGACAAGAACUCGAUGGCAACACGUUCAGCCACCAAAACGAGAUUAUCAAGUUGGAGAAGGAGAUUGACAGCCGCGAAGAAGAAUUUAUCAAGCUUGAAGAGCAAGUACUUAAGGUGGUUGAAGGGGCCGAGAGAUUGGAAGCUCGUGAAAAGGAAAAAGAUUUGGUCAUCAGCGAGUUGAGGCGCAAAUUGGAGCACACUGGUCGUCAUCGCAAAGAGGAUUCCAUGGAUGAAAUUCAGCGAUUGAGACAAGAUAUCAUUAUCAAAGAGACUCAGAUUGCAGAGCAUCGAGAACAACUUGAGGAUGAAAGGCUAUGCAAGAAUGACAUUGAUGAGCUUGAGCAGCAACUGACAAAAAUGAGACAAGAUGUCAAGCAAAAGGAAGCAUGCAUACAAGAGCUGGAGGCAGAGCUUGAUUAUGUCACUGAGGGCUUAAAUGAAGCACGUGCACGAUACGAAGAUGACCUCAAGGAUCUUGAGCGACAGGUCACUGAAAUUGAGCGGGAGAUACGCGAGAGAGAUGUGAGGAUUGCAUCAUUGGAAGGACACCUUGAAGCACAAGCCGAUGCCACCCAACGAGAGAGGAAUAUCCAUGCUGAGGAAAUCAAAGACCUUGAGGACAAGAUACAUAGCUUGGGAGAUACGCUGCGUGAAAAGGAGUUGAUGCUUUCAAGCAUGCAAGUACAACACCAGCAGCAGAUGGUGACAGAGGAGGAUUAUGAACACGAUUUAGCUGCUGUGAAAAAGCAUAUGGGUGCCAGACUUAUUCAAGCGGAAGAGGAUUGGGAGAAAAAGAUCACUGCUCUGGAAACCAAGUUGACAAUGGCCGAGAACAAGCUCAAAAAUGAAAGGCGGAUUUCCAAGGAAAGAAUCAGUGAGGCAUUGUAUGCCAAACGUACGUUACAACAAAAGCUACACGCUGCCAGCAAAAAGAAUGAGUUACUGAAUGAACUUUUGGAUCAGUACAAGGCGAACAUUGAGCAUGGGUCGUGGACACAAGCGUAUCAUGUAGUGAAUCAAUUAAACAAGGAGUUACAACAAGAAUUGGAGGAUCGGGAUCGGGACCUUGAGCGAGAGACGUGUAGGCUACAAAACAUACAAGAAGCGCAUGCCAAAUUAUCUGAAGAGAAGGAGCAAUUGGAAGAUUUAUUAGCACGCAGGAACAGCAUCAUCACACAUUUAUUCGAAAGACUCGAGAAUACCCAGGAACGUAAGGCGGUGAUGGAGAGCGUAUUACUUCGCCAGGCAACAGAGGAGAUGGAUACGAGCAUAUACAUGCGUUCUGAUUCUGGAUUGAGCUCUGGAUGA